GGCCUGGCCUCGCGCGGGAGGGACGCAUCGCAGGUGCUCACGGACCGCGGGGACGUCCGCGCGCAGGGUGGGAGUCGGUGCUUCCGGUGUGUCUGCAGCUCGGGGUGCUGUGGGGUGGGGUGCGAACCCCCCGACGGCGGCGGCCUGGCACGUGACGUGUGCGUCCUUGUCUGUUUUGUCUGUGUCCCUGUCGGACCGAGUUCCAGUCCCCAGCUCUGCCACUUCCCUGCUGUGUGCCUUGGGGCAGGUGACCGCACCUCGCCUGACUCAGUUUCCUCAUCUGUACGAUGGGGAUGAUAAAAGCACCUGCCUCAGAGGGCUGUUGUGUAAAGCGCCGAGAACGCUGCCGGCGCAGAGUAAAUGCUCAGAAGAAUAAAUAAAUAAAGUAAACUAUGAUUAUGUAUCUUUUGUAUGAAGCAAGCGUCUCUGGCUAUGUCAUGGCUGCGUAACCUCGUAGGAAAUGUGGGUAUUUGUGAUGCGUGCGUGUUUGUAGGUGUAGUGCAUGUCUGCAUCUCAGUAGGUGUUGUGUGUCCCUGGGUGUAUUUAUGUAUGUGAUGUGUGGAAAUGACGGGCAAGGUGUCUUCGUGACCUUGUAUGAAAUGUGUGCAUCUUUGCAAUGGGUCUGUCCAUGUGUUUAAGUAUGUGAUGUGUGGAUCUGUGUUGUGUGUCUGUGUUUAUGUAUAAUGCAGAUGACUGAGUAUACUUAGAAACGAUAUGUGUCUGUGUGUGUCCGUGUAUGAUGUUACUUAUGGGUAUUUUUGCCUGUGAUCUGUGUAGCUUCGUAUGCAUGUGUAAUUCUUUGAAUGUGUUGUGUCUAUGUAUCCAGUUCUGAUGGUUGAUGUGAAUCUGGGUAUGUGACAUGUGUCCAUGCGUUCAGGUAAGUCAAGCGUGGGUGGGUGUGAGAGCCGUGUGUAUCCUUUAAGUACCUGUGAAUAUGUGUGUGUUGUGUGUGUUUUCGUGUUGGUGACAUACAUGUCUCUCCAUGCACCCACUGUGUGUCUGUGGAUAUUCGUGCGUGUGAUAGGUGUAUCUAUGUUAGUGCAUGUCAUGUGUGUGUCUGUCUCUGUGAAAGUGAUGUCUGUGUGUAUGUGUGUGGUGUGAGAGUCUGUGUAUCCGUGUAUGUCAUGCUGGUGUCUGCGAGUGUCCUUUGUUGCCCAUGUGCGAGAUGUCUGUGUGUUGUGACUGUGUGCCUCGGCAUGUCCCUGUGGUGUCCGCGUGAAUCUUUGUCUGUGGGGUGGGUGUCUGUGUAUUCGGGGCUUUACUUUGUGGCAGGUGUGGGUCUUUGUGAUGCUUUGCUGUUCCUGUGUGACAGGGUGCAUCUGUGCCGGGGGCCGGCCUGCCUGUACGUACCCAGUGCAGCCCGUCGUCCCUGCGUCUUUGUGUGUGACGUGUACGUGUCCCCGUCUGCCGAUGGCUGUCCACCUUUGUAUGUGAUGUGCUUGUCUAUGAGGGUCUCUGCGACGUGUGUCAGGCAUGUGUGGGCUGCGUGUGCCUGACAUCUGCAUCUUGGCGUGGAGCACACGUGUCCGUGCUGGUGGCGUGUCACAGUAGUGCCCGGGCCAGGCACUGUGGGCCCUGUGCCCCCCCCACAAGGGUCUGCUGGUCCCUGUCUGUCCCUCCUCCUCCCCUCCCUCCUGGCAGCCAAUGCUACUGGGGAGCCAGUUGCCAUGACGACGCUCCAUCCUCCCUCCAUCCUCCCUCCUCCCACCCUUCCUCUGACAGGCUCUCUGCUCCCCCAAUCCUGGCUGCCCUCGGGGGCGGGGCCCUCAUUCUCCCCCCCCAUCCUACCCUCUCCCCCCCACCCCAGCAACCCCGGCUCCCCAGCUCCUCUCCUCUGUCCGCCUCUCCAUCCCUUCAUCUGUCUGUCCCUUCAAAGAGGGGGAGGGGGGUACCUGAGCCAGUAAGCAGCCCCUCCCUCCCCCUGUCCUGCGUCUCCUGCCCCUCUCCUGGGCCGGGGGGAGGCCAGGGUCGCGCGGGUCCCCAUGGCUGGGGGCUGAGGGCCCGCCCCCCCCUCCUCCCCAGCCGCCACCACCUCCACCUCCCUUCCAUCCUCGACAAGAUGCCUGCCCCCGGCGCCCUCAUCCUCCUCGCGGCCGUCUCCGCCUCCGGCUGCCUGGCGUCCCCGGCCCACCCCGAUGGAUUCGCCCUGGGCCGGGCCCCUCUGGCUCCUCCCUACGCCGUGGUCCUCAUUUCCUGCUCCGGCCUGCUGGCCUUCAUCUUUCUCCUCCUCACCUGUCUGUGUUGCAAACGGGGUGAUGUCGGCUUCAAGGAGUUUGAGAACCCUGAAGGGGAGGAUUGCUCCGGGGAGUACACUCCCCCGGCGGAGGAGACCUCCUCCUCACAGUCGCUGCCCGAUGUCUACAUUCUUCCGCUGGCUGAGGUCUCCCUGCCGAUGCCUGCCCCGCAGCCUUCACACUCAGAUAUGACCACCCCCCUGGGCCUUAGCCGCCAGCAUCUCAGCUACUUACAAGAGAUUGGGAGUGGCUGGUUUGGGAAGGUGAUCCUGGGAGAGAUAUUCUCCGACUACACCCCAGCCCAGGUGGUGGUGAAGGAGCUCCGAGCCAGCGCGGGGCCCCUGGAGCAGCGCAAGUUCAUCUCAGAAGCUCAGCCCUACAGGAGCCUGCAGCACCCCAACGUCCUCCAGUGCCUGGGCGUCUGUGUGGAGACACUGCCCUUUCUGCUGAUUAUGGAGUUCUGUCAACUGGGGGACCUGAAACGUUACCUCCGGGCCCAGCGACCCCCUGAGGGCCUAUCCCCUGAGCUGCCCCCUCGAGACCUGCGGACACUGCAGAGGAUGGGCCUGGAGAUCGCCCGCGGGCUGGCACAUCUCCACUCCCACAACUACGUGCACAGCGACCUGGCCCUGCGCAACUGCCUGCUGACCUCCGACCUCACCGUGCGCAUCGGAGACUACGGGCUGGCCCACAGCAACUACAAGGAGGACUACUACCUGACCCCCGAGCGCCUGUGGAUCCCGCUGCGCUGGGCGGCGCCCGAGCUCCUCGGGGAGCUGCACGGGACCUUCAUGGUGGUGGACCAGAGCCGCGAGAGCAACAUCUGGUCCCUGGGGGUGACCCUGUGGGAGCUCUUUGAGUUUGGGGCUCAGCCCUACCGCCACCUGUCAGACGAGGAGGUCCUCGCCUUCGUGGUCCGCCAGCAGCAUGUCAAGCUGGCCCGGCCGAGGCUCAAGCUGCCCUAUGCCGACUACUGGUACGAUAUCCUGCAGUCCUGCUGGCGGCCACCCGCCCAGCGCCCUUCGGCUUCCGAUCUCCAACUGCAGCUCACCUACCUGCUCUCUGAGCGACCCCCACGGCCCCCGCCCCCACCCCCCCCACCCCGAGACGGUCCCUUCCCCUGGCCCUGGCCCCCGCAGCACAGCGCGCCCCGCCCAGGCACCCUCUCCUCACCAUUCCCCCUCCUGGAUGGCUUUCCCGGGGCUGACCCUGAUGAUGUGCUCACGGUUACUGAGAGCAGCCGCGGCCUCAACCUCGAAUGCCUGUGGGAGAAGGCACGCCGGGGAGCUGGCCGCGGUGGGGGAGCGCCCCCCUGGCAGCCGGCGUCUGCGCCCCCGGCCCCCCAUGCCAACCCAUCCAACCCUUUCUACGAGGCGCUGUCCACGCCCAGCGUGCUGCCCGUCAUCAGCGCCCGCAGCCCCUCCGUGAGCAGCGAGUACUACAUCCGCCUUGAGGAGCACGGCUCCCCGCCUGAGCCCCUCUUCCCCAAUGACUGGGACCCCCUGGACCCAGGAGUGCCUGCCCCCCAGGCCUCCCAGGCCCCUUCCGAGGUGCCCCAGCUGGUGUCCGAGACCUGGGCCUCCCCCCUCUUCCCUGCGGCCCGGCCCUUCCCCACCCAGUCCUCGGCAUCAGGCAGCUUCCUCCUGAGCGGCUGGGACCCCGAGGGCCGAGGUGCCGGGGAGACCCUGGCGGGAGACCCCGCCGAGGUGCUGGGGGAGCGGGGUACUGCCCCGUGGGCAGAGGAGGAGGAGGAGGAGGAGGAGGGCAGCUCCCCGGGGGAGGACAGCAGCAGCCUCGGGGGUGGCCCCAGCCGCCGGGGCCCGCUGCCCUGUCCCCUGUGCAGCCGGGAGGGGGCCUGCUCCUGUCUGCCCCUGGAGCGGGGGGACGCCGUGGCUGGCUGGGGGGGCCACCCCGCUCUUGGCUGCCCGCAUCCCCCCGAGGACGACUCGUCCCUGCGGGCAGAGCGGGGCUCCCUAGCCGACCUGCCCCUGGCCCCCCCCGCCUCGGCCCCCCCCGAAUUUCUGGACCCCCUCAUGGGGGCGGCGGCGCCCCAGUACCCCGGGCGGGGGCCACCUCCCGCUCCCCCCCCCCCGCCGCCACCUCCCCGGGCCCCUGCGGACCCAGCCGUGUCCCCCGACCCUCCCUCGGCCGUGGCCAGUCCCGGCUCCGGCCUGUCAUCUCCGGGCCCCAAGCCGGGGGACAGCGGCUACGAGACCGAGACCCCUUUUUCCCCCGAGGGAGCCUUCCCCGGCGGGGGGGCAGCCGAGGAGGAAGGGGUCCCUCGACCGCGGGCUCCCCCCGAGCCCCCCGACCCGGGAGCGCCCCGGCCACCCCCAGACCCGGGUCCCCACCCACUGCCGGGGACCCGGGAGAAGCCGACCUUUGUAGUUCAAGUGAGCACCGAGCAGCUCCUGAUGUCCCUGCGGGAGGACGUGACAAGGAACCUCCUGGGGGAGAAGGGGGCAAACCCCCGAGAGACGGGACCCAGGAAGGUGGGGAGAGGCCCCGGGAACAGAGAGAAAGUCCAGGGCCCGAGCAGGGACCCCACAGUCCUGGGCAGCGGGAAGAAAGCCCCAAGCCCGAACGAGGAGCCGAGCCUCCCCAUGAACGGGGUGACGGUGCAGAACGGGGGCCAGAGAGCCCCGGACAUCAUCGAGGAGAAGGUGGCGGAGAAUGGGGCCCCCGGGACUCCCGAGAGAGAAGAGAAAGUGCCGGAGAAAGUGCUGGAGAAUGGGGAGGUGACACCCCCAAGGAGGGAGGAGAAAGUGUUGGAGAAUGGGGAGCUGAGGUCCCCCGAGAGAGAAGAGAAAGUGCUGGUGAAUGGGGGACUGACAGCCUCAAAGAUCGAGAAGAAGGUGUCAGAGGAUGGGGGCCUGAGACCCCCCAGGAACACGGAGAGGCUGCCGGAGACUGGGCCUCGGAGAGCCCCAGGGCCCUGGGAGAAGGCACCCGAGAGUGGGGUGCCAGCCCCAGAGACCUUGCUGGAGAGAGCCCCCGAGCCCGGCGCAGUGGCCUUGUCCCGGAACGGCGGGGAGACAGUCCCUGGCCCCACUGGCCCAGCCCCCAAGAGCGGGGUGCUGGAGCCCGGGACCGAGAGGAGAGCCCCCGAGACUGGGGGGGCACCGAGAGCCCCCGGGGUUGGGAGGCCGGACCUCGGGAGUGGGGGCCGAGCCCCAGUGGGCACGGGGAUGGCCCCCGGCGGCGGCCUCGGAAGCGGCGUGGACGCAAAGGCCGGAUGGGCAGACAACACGAGGCCACAGCCGCCACCGCCACCGCCGCCACCACCGGAGGCACAGCCGAGGAGGCCGGAGCCAGCGCCCCAGAGAGCCAGGCCGGAGGUGGCAUCCGAGGGAGAGCCCGGGGCCCCAGACAGCAGGGCCGGCGGAGACACAGCACCCAGCACAGACGGGGACCCCCCCCAACCCGAGAGGAAGGGCCCCGAGAUGCCACGACUGUUCUUGGACUUGGGACCUCCUCAGGGGAACAGCGAGCAGAUCAAAGCCAAGCUCUCGCGGCUCUCUCUGGCGCUGCCGCCGCUCACGCUCACGCCGUUCCCGGGGCCGGGCCCGCGGCGACCCCCGUGGGAGGGCGCGGACGCCGGGGCGGCUGGCGGGGAGGCCGGCGGGGCGGGGGCGCCGGGGCCAGCGGAGGAGGACGGGGAGGACGAGGACGAGGACGAGGAGGAGGACGAGGAGGCAUCAGCGUCGGGCGCGGCGGCGGGGCCGCGGGGCCCCGGGAGGGCGCGGGCAGCCCCGGUGCCCGUCGUGGUGAGCAGCGCCGACGCGGACGCGGCCCGCCCGUUGCGGGGGCUGCUCAAGUCUCCGCGCGGGGCCGACGAGCCCGAGGACAGCGAGCUGGAGAGGAAGCGCAAGAUGGUCUCCUUCCACGGGGACGUGACCGUCUACCUCUUCGACCAGGAGACGCCAACCAACGAGCUGAGCGUCCAGGGCCCCCCCGAGGGGGACACGGACCCGUCAACGCCUCCAGCGCCCCCGACGCCUCCCCACCCCGCCACCCCCGGAGAUGGGUUUCCCAGCAACGACAGCGGCUUUGGAGGCAGUUUCGAAUGGGCGGAGGAUUUCCCCCUCCUCCCCCCACCCGGCCCCCCCCUGUGCUUCUCCCGCUUCUCCGUCUCGCCUGCGCUGGAGACCCCGGGGCCUCCCGCCCGGGCCCCCGACGCCCGGCCCGCAGGCCCCGUGGAGAACUGACUCCCCGAAGACCCCACCCUCCUGCACCCCCAGAAGAGGGGUUGAGAGUAGAAUCCUCUGUGGACGACGGAGCCACUGCCACCACCACAGACACCGCCUCUGGGGAGGCUCCUGAGGCUGGGCCCUCCCCCUCCCCCACCAU